UGUAAAGGGUAUCCAAACUUACUAAAUUACAAAAUGGUUUAUUUCCAAAAGCAGGAACAAGAGACAAGCUAUACUAUUCUGAGAGCCAAAGGCACCAAUGUUACCAUCAGUGGCCUCAAACCUGAUACCACCUAUGUCUUCCAAAUUCGAGCCCGAACUGCAGCUGGAUAUGGGACAAACAGCCGCAAGUUUGAAUUUGAAACCAGUCCAGAUUCAUUCUCCAUUUCCAGUGAGAAUAGCCAGGUCGUAAUGAUUGCCAUUUCAGCGGCAGUGGCCAUUAUUCUCCUCACAGUUGUGGUGUACGUCUUGAUUGGGAGAUUCUGUGGAUACAAGAAGUCUAAACACGGCACUGAUGAAAAAAGACUGCAUUUUGGGAAUGGCCAUUUAAAACUCCCAGGCCUGAGAACUUACGUAGAUCCGCAUACAUAUGAGGAUCCCAAUCAAGCUGUGCAUGAAUUUGCCAAGGAACUAGAUGCUUCCAAUAUAUCCAUUGAUAAAGUAGUUGGAGCAGGGGAAUUUGGAGAAGUGUGCAGUGGGCGCCUGAAGUUGCCUUCUAAAAAGGAAAUUUCAGUGGCUAUCAAAACCCUGAAAGUUGGCUACACAGAAAAACAGAGAAGGGACUUCCUGGGAGAAGCAAGCAUCAUGGGACAGUUUGACCACCCUAAUAUCAUUCGAUUAGAAGGAGUCGUCACUAAAAGUAAACCAGUCAUGAUUGUUACUGAAUAUAUGGAAAAUGGUUCCUUGGACAGCUUCCUACGGAAACAUGAUGCCCAGUUCACAGUCAUCCAGCUAGUAGGCAUGCUUCGAGGGAUCGCAUCUGGCAUGAAAUACUUGUCAGAUAUGGGUUAUGUCCAUCGAGAUCUAGCUGCUCGUAAUAUCCUCAUCAAUAGUAACCUGGUAUGCAAAGUCUCAGAUUUUGGUCUCUCUCGUGUACUGGAAGAUGACCCAGAAGCUGCUUACACCACAAGGGGGGGCAAGAUUCCUAUCCGAUGGACAUCACCAGAAGCCAUUGCAUAUCGGAAGUUCACAUCAGCCAGUGACGCAUGGAGCUACGGGAUUGUUCUCUGGGAGGUGAUGUCUUAUGGAGAGAGACCAUACUGGGAGAUGUCCAACCAGGAUGUGAUUAAGGCUGUGGAUGAAGGGUACCGCUUGCCACCUCCCAUGGACUGCCCAGCUGCCUUGUAUCAGCUGAUGCUGGACUGCUGGCAGAAAGACAGAAACAACAGACCCAAGUUCGAGCAGAUUGUCAGCAUCCUGGAUAAGCUGAUCCGUAAUCCCAGCAGUCUGAAAAUAAUCACCAAUGCAGCGGCAAGGCCAUCAAAUCUUCUUCUGGACCAAAGUAACAUUGACAUUUCAGCCUUCCGCACGGCGGGUGAUUGGCUCAAUGGUUUUCGGACAGGACAGUGCAAAGACAUUUUCACGGGUGUGGAGUACAGUUCCUGUGAUACCAUAGCCAAGAUUGCUACAGAUGACAUGAAGAAAGCUGGCGUGACAGUUGUGGGGCCUCAAAAGAAGAUUGUUAGCAGUAUCAAAGCUCUAGAAACUCAUACAAAGAACAGCCCUGUUCCUGUGUAAGGUACCAAAAUGAUGUUGCUCAGGAAAGAAAAAAAAAAAAAAGAGAAAAGUGGCAUCACAGGGCAAAAGUGAUGGCUGAUAAACAGCAGAAUUUAAAGGAGUUCUUUGCAACAGCUUUGGAAACAUAAUGGUUGAAAUUUCAAACCCACUAAGACACUCAAAUAUUGAGUAUAAAUGCCUUAAAAAUAGGAGUGAACUUGUUUUCUAUCUGUUAAUCCUAAAGGGUGGGUGCUCUUGACUGACUGUUAACGCAGAUAGUAAAUUUCAAAA